AUUGUCCGGCCCCGGGGCGGCUAAGGCGGCUUUGGGCCGCAGCGCCGCACGUCAGAAUUGGAGAGGACUGAGCCUGAAGCGUGGGGGCGAGAGGAGCCGGCCCAAACGUUGGGUGGGCCUGAGAUCGCAAAAGCCGGAAACUCCAGGAAGCAGUAAUUCCGAGUGCGGGGGUCGGAGCGGCACCUCCCACAGUUCCUGUCUGGGAACCCGGCCGGAGAGGCAGGAAUGGCCCCGAGGCCUCCGACGGCCACGCCUCAGGAAUCAGUGACAUUCAAGGAUGUAGCUGUGGACUUCACCCAGGAAGAAUGGCACCACGUGGCCCCUGCUCAGAGGCGCUUGUACAGGGAUGUGAUGCUGGAGAACUACAGCAACCUGGUUUCUCUUGGAUAUCAAGUUUCCAAGCCAGAGGUGAUCUUCAAAUUGGAGCAAGGAGAAGAGCCUUGGCUAUCAGAGGGAGAAAUCCAAAGAUCUUUCUGUCCAGACUGGAAGACCAGGCCUGAAGCCAAAUCAUCAAAUCUGCAGCAUAGCAUAUCUGAAGUAUCCCUUCACACAGAUGAUCUUUCACAUGCCACAUUAGAAGAUGUUUGGGAUGUGAGUAAUCAAUUAGAGAGGCACCAGGAAAACUGGAAGAGGUAUCUGAAGCCAGAUGUAUCCACCCAGAAGAAAAUAGUCACACCAGAGGAAACUUUUGAGCAUAAUAAAUUUGGUGAAAACUCCAGAUUGAACACAGACUUGGUUACACAACUGAACAUUCCUUCAAGGUCUAGUGAAUGUGAUACACUUGGAAUCAAUUUGGGACAUAAUUCAGACUUACUUAAUCAGAAUAAUAUCCUUGCAAAAAAGAAACCUUAUAAAUGUAAUAAAUGUAGAAAAGCUUUUAUUCAUAGAUCAUCACUUACUAAACAUGAGAAAACUCAUAAAGGAGAGGGAGCAUUUUCCAAUGGUACAGAUCAGGGAAUUUAUGCUGGAAAGAAACACCAUGAAUGUACUGACUGUGGAAAAACCUUCCUCUGGAAGACACAGCUUACUGAGCAUCAGAGAAUUCACACAGGAGAGAAACCCUUUGAAUGUAAUGUGUGUGGGAAGGCCUUCAGGCAUAGCUCAUCCCUCGGUCAGCACGAAAAUGCGCAUACUGGAGAGAAACCCUAUCAGUGUAGUCUCUGUGGGAAAGCUUUCCAGCGCAGCUCCUCCCUUGUUCAACACCAGAGAAUUCACACUGGAGAGAAACCCUAUCGAUGUAACUUAUGUGGAAGGUCUUUUAGACAUGGCACAUCCCUCACUCAACAUGAGGUCACACAUAGUGGAGAGAAACCCUUUCAAUGUAAGGAAUGUGGGAAAGCCUUUAGUCGAUGUUCUUCCCUUGUGCAGCAUGAGAGGACUCAUACAGGAGAAAAACCUUUUGAAUGUAGCAUCUGUGGGAGGGCUUUUGGUCAGAGCCCAUCCCUUUAUAAACAUAUGAGGAUUCAUAAGAGAGGGAAACCUUACCAAAGCAAUAACUAUAGCCUAGAUUUCAAGCACAACUCAUCUGUUACUCAAGAUGAAAGCACUCUGACUGAAGUGAAAUCCUAUCAUUGUAAUGACUGUGGGGAAGACUUCAGUCACUUUACAGACUUUACUGACCAUCAGAGGAUCCAUACUGGAGGGAACCCCUAUGAUUGUGAGCAGACCUUCAGUCAACAACCUAUUUCUCAUCCUGGAGAGAAACCUUAUCAGUGUAAUGUAUGUGGAAAAGCUUUCAAAAGGAGUACAAGUUUCAUCGAGCAUCAUAGAAUUCAUACAGGAGAAAAACCCUAUGAAUGUAAUGAAUGUGGAGAAGCCUUCAGUCGACGCUCAUCACUUACUCAGCAUGAGCGAACCCACACAGGAGAGAAACCCUAUGAAUGUAUUGACUGUGGGAAAGCCUUCAGUCAGAGUUCAUCCCUCAUUCAGCAUGAGAGAACUCAUACUGGAGAAAAACCCUAUGAAUGUAAUGAAUGUGGGCGAGCCUUCCGAAAGAAAACCAAUCUGCAUGAUCAUCAGAGAAUUCAUACUGGAGAAAAACCUUAUGCUUGUAAGGAAUGUGGGAAAAACUUCAGUCGAAGCUCAGCUCUCACUAAACACCAGAGAAUUCAUUUGAGAAACAAACUCUAGGAAUCCUAGAAUUAAAGAAUGCAGAAAGCUUUAGCUAAAAUAUUAUUCUUAUUCCAUAUCAAAGGAUUCUUACUGGAGAGAAAGCUUCAGAAUGUAAUGAAUUAUGUGUACUUGUAUGUUGUGUGCAGAGAAAACUGCUAGUAGACAAAUUUUUUUCAAUAAAUAAAAGCCACAUUCUCAGAUCUGAUUACAAACUUUUGUAAAAACAACUACAAACGUAAUAUAUAACCUGUUGGAAAUUAUAUGGCUAUAUAUUGGACUUUAUAAAGCUUUUUAACAUACAUAUGCAGGAGAUUACCAACAUUCAACAAUUUGACUUAUAACUUGUUUACAGCCUUUUUUUAUAGAUAAAAUUCCUGCAGUAAUGACCAAAACUCAUUUUUAAAAUAUCUUGACAACUACAUUCAAUUGCAGCUCUUCUAUUAAAUUCACCAUGGAAACUAAUUCCUCCUCCAGAAAUUCACCAUUCAAAGAAUUAGUUCAACUGGUCCAACCACUUCAUUGUACAGAUGAAGAAACUGAAAACCAAAGAUGUGAAGUGAUUUGCACUGUGAUACAGCUUAUAAUGGCAAAGCUGGGUGGAGGAUGCAGGUCUGGAUCUUUGUCCCCAGGGUCUUGAUACUGAAAAGGUAUUUUGGAAUUCAGAGGGCUUUUAAAUAAAUUUUAAAUCAGAUGCACAAACAUUUAAUGAGCACUUAUGUAUUGGAUACAUUGGGAAUUCAUAAAGGCAUAAGAGGCAACAAGAUAUAUUUAGGGUUGUCAUAAACUUAUUUAAAGCAACUUGUUGGAAGCUUAUAAACCAAAAUGUUAACAGAAACUAUAAAUGGUUGAACUACUGGUGACUUCCAUUUCCCAAGUAUCAUAAUUAUACUUUCAGCUAACAUGUGCCAGUUUUGUAGAACUGUUAAGUCCUCUGUGCUGCCCAAGCUUCCUAUAUUCGUCAAUGGGAAAACAACACAAAACUAAGAAGAAUUUGCCCCCAAAAUAAUUUUACUACAGAGAAGAAUAAAUCCAAUUACCUCUUGCCAUAAAGUUUGUCUUUAAAUUAGCAUGUGUAUCAAGAAAAUAUUUCACCAUAAAAUAUUAACUUUUUAAAGUUCUGUGGUGCUUUUCCAUCAGUAAAGCCUGAGAGCUAAGGCCACUCAAAUCCUUAAUGUCCCCUAAUGGAAUUUCAUAGACUAUCCUAAAAGAAUUUCAAGAAUCUUUGUUGGUUCAUUGGCACCAACAGUGCAGAUAAAUUUAGAAGCAACUGUGGACAUUGACCCCUUUCAUACAAGAGCAUCUCCCCUCUAAGAUAAGCAUAUUUUCCCACCUUGAUGAAUCAUUGGGAGGAGUGAUAUGAGUGGUGUUGAUGGUGAACCUUUCCUACUGGCUUUCUUGCAUGCCAGUUAGCCAGGUCCAUCAUCCUUGUCUCAUCUGCGACAACAUGAGCCAGCUCCCAAACAUUCUUCAUAAUUCUUUACAGGAAAAUGUGCCUGGGGGCUGAAAUAUGGGAUUUCUAGCCCAUUGUCUAUCGCAUGUGGAGCAAGAUGGGAUACACCCUAGCAGAUCUGCCCUUCCAUGAUAUUAACUAUUCAAAACAUGCCGUGUUUAUGAUCUUCCAUGCUUAGCGCACAAUGCCAAGGCCAUACUUGUGUUUCUGAUACAUAGUUUGACAAUGGGUGAUUAUACUCAAACCCUCUCCUAUCAAUUGGCCAAGAUACCUAUCAGAAACUCAUUUUGCUACUGAUCGGGGAUACCCAUAGUGGAUUAUUUGUAAGAAUGACUUGAGUUGUAACCAGUUGAGUGCUGCCCUACUGUUUUAGAACUUUAUAAAGACUUAGUUCUAAAAGACCCAAAGGAGACCACUGGUUUGUGUGUGGAUCCUGGCCUAGAUCCAGCCAAUCUAUGAUUCUCAGCACAUCUUCAUUGACAGGGAGGGAGCCCAGGAUAUAUGUAUGGCAGCUAACUGAGCAGAGGAUUCCGUAGUCCCAGCAUCCAUGCACCAUGCACUUAUGAACACCUAGCUUUCUAGGCCACAUGAAAUGCAUCCUUGUAACAUCAUUGUAUUAUUUCAAUAAAUAGCCUUUAUAGUUGAA